AUGAGUCUAUUCCGGGCACACCUCGUCUUUUAUCGGUGUGCUCUCAAUCUAAAUUCAUCUUAUAACUUUGGUUUCUUAGUUGCAAUUACCUUUGUACUCCAAAUAAUUACAGGUAUCACUUUAGCGUUCCGAUAUACUUCUGAAGCAUCUUGUGCAUUUGCUAGUGUUCAACAUCUAGUUAGAGAGGUAGCAGCAGGAUGGGAAUUUAGGAUGUUGCAUGCAACAACUGCUUCUUUCGUCUUCUUGUGUAUCUUAAUACACAUGUCUCGAGGUAUGUAUAACUCCAGCUAUAGUUAUUUAACUACUGCUUGGAUGUCUGGUUUAGUUUUAUAUCUACUUACUAUAGCCACUGCUUUCCUCGGUUAUGUACUACCAUGGGGACAGAUGAGUUUCUGGGGUGCUACAGUCAUUACUAAUCUCCUUUCUCCAAUACCAUAUUUAGUACCUUGGUUACUCGGUGGAUACUAUGUAUCUGAUGUAACAUUAAAACGAUUCUUUGUAUUGCACUUUAUAUUACCUUUUGUAGGUUGCAUUCUAAUUGUAUUACACAUCUUCUAUUUACAUUUAAAUGGUUCUAGUAACCCUGCAGGUAUUGAUUCCGCACUUAAAGUAGCCUUCUAUCCUCAUAUGUUAAUGACCGAUGCUAAAUGUCUAUCCUAUCUAAUUGGUUUAAUUUUCUUACAAACGGCUUUUGGUUUGAUUGAAUUAUCGCACCCAGAUAACUCCAUACCAGUGAACCGGUUUGUAACUCCGCUUCAUAUCGUACCUGAAUGGUACUUUUUAGCAUAUUAUGCGGUGUUAAAAGUAAUCCCAUCCAAAACCGGUGGUUUGUUAGUAUUCAUGUCACAACAACGAUGA